CGCAAUCAAGGCCGCCGCGGCGUCCCAUGUUUUCUUGCUCGCGAGCAAUUGUUCAUGGAAGGCGUCGCCUUAGGCUCUAGCCGAUUCUCGCUCCCCGUUGGGAUCCUCAUCCCCGUGUUCUACCACUCCCGCUGCAUCUUCACCCUCGCCGACUGGCUCAGCUUCGAGUUCGCGACGUCCGAGGACGACGCCGGCGCCAGGAGGCUGUAUUUUGGGAGGGGUCUUGCGGUGGCGAACAUGGCGUUUUGGAGGUUCAACCUGUUUGGGCUUCUGCUGCCUGUUGCUGUCCCGAUUUGUCCCAAGAAGUACUACGCCGCUUCUGUGAACAAAGUCUCCAAAGACUGACGGCGCAUGGAAGAGAAGACAGACGGUGGUUACCUGAGGUAACUGAACGGUCGGUUCUUCUGAGAUCUGCUGCAAGUAAUUGGUAACCGUGUUUUUUAAUUAAUUACAAUUUCAAAC